UUCUACAAAUCAACGUGUUGUAUUUUGUUACUGCCAGACUGUAAGCACAGUCAUUACGCGUAUGCGUAGUCACGUGAGCACUACUUAACGCGUCGCGUUAACACUCAAGGGUGGAGCUCUCCCUCCGUGAACAUCGCUCCUCCAAAACACUCUUGAGCCGAAGAUGCCUCCCAAGAGAAAAUCUGAUACAGGCAGAGGCUCUUCCUCUAAAAAGUUUCGUACUUCCGAUCCCGAUGAAAGUCUAGUGAAUACAAUCCUCACCAACGUCGAAUAUUAUCCUCUGCCCAAUGAGCCUGAUACAAUACGCCAGCUACUUGUACAGCUCGCCCAAUACUCUUGAAGUUUGGAAAUACGAGUCCAACAUGCUGCCUCUUCAAGCUCCGGUUCUGCACCAAAAACCCAAGAAGAGUUGGAGGCAGCAGUCGAGAAAGUAAGGAAAGCAGCAGUAAGUGGUAUCAGAAAGCAGAUGACUUGGAAACCUUCGCGCAAAGCGGGAACUGCAAAAUGGCUCUAUGAUGGUGUAUGCACUGAUCCGGCUGUGUUCGGUGCCCUGCUCAGGUUGGAUGGUCCGCCCACAUUAAAAAUGCACAAAAUGGAGACGAGCAAGUUCGAGGAACUGAUAGGUGAUCUAAGUUCUUCCGCACGAUAUUCUACGCUUUGUGUCACCAGUAGCCAUGUCAACAUACGCUGGACUGACGCGGGAGAGUUUAAGUUUAGUGGUUCAUAUGGCACACCGAGGUAGCAAGGAAUUUUGGUCUGAGUCUGUGGGUCAGGUCAUUGAAACACCCUGGCCACACUGUUUGGAAAUUUAACGUCUAUUACUUUUAUCAUUGUCAGUUGUCAUAAUGUACGCUAGUCAGUCUCACAGUGUUUUAUAACAGCACGAUAGUAGUAUUCGAGUGGCGUAUCAAG